AUAUUGCUAAUUUGGCCGUUUUGACUUGAAGUAUUUCUUUUUUUUUGGGGGGGUACUUUGCUUUCACACAUUAACAGGCAAAUUAAAAUGGGAAGAUCAAAAAUCAAGAUGGAACUUAUUCAAGAUCACAAGAAAAGGAACUCCACUUUCCAAAAAAGGAAAGCUUGCUUAAUCAAGAAAAUCUCAGAGAUUUCAAUACUUUGUGAUAUCAAAGCAUGCAUGAUAAUAUCUGAAGGAAAUAAUUAUGAAGAAAUUUGGCCAAAUGAUCCAAACGAAGUUCAAGAGCUAAUAAAUCUCUACAAAAACCAACCAAUUGAAGACAGGAAUAAAAGAGAAAACAGUUUGUGUAGCUUCUUGGAAAAUGAAAAGAAAAAGGCUGAGAUUAAAAUGGCAAAGUUGAAGACAAAAAUCAAGACAGAAAAAUACCCAACUUGGGAUUCAAGAUUCAACUAUUUAUCUGAAAAAGAAUUAAGAAAUCUUGCUGGGGUUCUUGAGAAAAAGAUGGAGAAUGCAAAGGAAAAAUCUGAAUUCUUGAAAAGUUAUAGGAAUAUUAAUCAAGAUUCAAAUCAAGAAAUUUGGGACUAUCCUGAAUUAAUGGACAAUUUCAACCAAAGUAAUCCACAGCCUAUUUCUUAUAUGGAUAACCAGUUUUUUCAAGAGUUGACAGCUGAUAAAGUGAAUUCAAUGAGAAUUUUGGAUAAUGUUGAUCUUAAUGUUGGUGAUUAUGAAUUUGGAAAUUUAGAUUAUAUGAAGAUUGAGGCAGAAGAUUGGUUGGUGAAUAAUGGUAUUAUUGGUUCAAGUUCAAGAAUGCAGCCUAUGGAGUUAAAUCAGUACUCUUUUAUAAGCAGUCGCUCUACUCAAAUACCUUAUGGAUACUUUCAGUAGAUUUUGAUUAGAUUAUUAUAUGACAAACAAUUGAAAUGAUAUUUUUGUAUAUUUAGUAGUUUCUCCUUUGUUUGCUUUGAAAGCAGUUGGAGCAAACAAAUUAGGAACUUCUUUUGUUAGAUUAAAUACAUCUUGUACUAUUAUAGCUUUAGUGCUCGCUCCUAGUUGCAAUCUCUUUCU